AUCUCGUCCGCUCGCGCGUCAUCCCCGCCUCUUCGCCUCCCCUCGCUCCAUCUCCCCCGACGUCGUCAUGUUCGCCGCGAUCGAGAGCGGGACCGCGCGCACGCCGUGGGGGUUCGACCAGACCACCGGCGCGGCGUCGUAUCUCGGAAACAACGACGAGCAGCGAAUAUCCGAGCGUCACCUGAUGCACCACCUCGACGUAAUGACGCGAGGGUUCCAGGUCGAGACGCGCACGCGGAUACCCGCGAAAAAGUUGCACGUGCGCCUCACGCGCAUCGACGCGUCGCCGUCCGCGAGCGCGCGCGCGACCGCGGUCCUCGCCGCGUGGGACGGGUUUCCCGCGGUCUCGCGCGCGAGCGCGGGGCACGCGCACGUCGUCAUGAACGGCCAUGUCGGAAACGCGCGCGAGAUGCGCGAGCUGUACGCGCUGCCCCCGGCCGAGCCGACGGGCCCGCACUUCAUCGCGAAGAUGGACGGAUCGAUCGUCCCGCCGCCGCCGUCGCCGCCGCCGUCGCACGAGGGCGCGGCGCUCAUCCUCGCCCUGUACGCGAAGCGCUUCGAGGACAAGGACGGCGACCCGAGCGACCAGCCGUCCACCGCGCUCACCGCGUGCGAAGGCGAGUUCGUGAUCAGACUACGGUCGUUUUCGUUCGUCCUGAUCGACGAGGAAAAAGACGUCGUGCUCGUCGCGCGCAGCGCCGAGAGCGACACGCACCCGAUGUUCUGGGGCACUGCGCCGUCGAACGGCGGGGAAGAUGGAACGUCAACCGACGCAUCACACGCGAGCGACGACUGGGACGGCGCGCUGCUGCUCUCCAACGACUUGGCGGCCAUAGACGUCGCGUGCGGCGGCGCCGCGGCCGCCUUCCCGCUCGGCGCGUACUACUACAGAGACGCGUCGAUGGACGUCGGCGUCAUUCAGGCGCGUUCUAUCUCAAACUGGUCCCCAUACGACCGCGUCGGCGUGAGGCUCGCCGUGAACUGCCGCGGCGUGAAGCGACGCGUGAACCCGCUGCAUCGCGUGAACAGCAGCGGGCAGGUCUGCGGCCUCGGGUUCUUCACCGAGAGCGGCAGCGAUCUCGCGUCGCUCUCGCACAAGUUCAUCACGUGA